AUGGGCUUGACUUUGGACUUUUGCCGUCAGUUACAACACGAUAGGGCGAAAGAUGAACAUUCCCUUAUCGAUUCGUCUGUUGAAUCCAUCACUCCAACAAAUCCGACCAAGAAGUUGAAAUCCACCGUUAUCUUUCUGGACAAACUGAUGUCUGUUUUGAAGGAUUCUGUCGGGACGAUUGAAGGCAAUGUGUCAGAUCAAUUGGAAUGUUCAUGGUAA